CAGGACCAUUUCCAUAACAUAGUAUUGCAUUAUUCUGCUCUUAGCUUCGUCUUCUUUUUUUGGAAGUCUUGUUUGAGAUCUUUUGAUUGUGCCAUUUUCAUGUUUAGACUACUGGAACAUGAUUACAUAGGCUUAUCAGAGAACCGUUCCAUGGACAUCUCUGAAAAGAGCUCGCGUCUCAACUUGAAGGAGACAGAGCUCAGGCUUGGGCUUCCUGGUUGUGAGUCUCCAGAGAGAAAGUCAACAAAUGUAAUAUCUCUGUUUGGGAAGGAUUUGCAGAACACAACCGCUUCGAAGAACAUUGUUGCUGGCUCUAAGAGAGGCUUCUGUGAUGCCAUUAAGGAAGGGUCCUCCAGGAAAUGGGUUUUUCAAGAGAGUGAUAAUGAAUCUGAUGAUGCCAUUGUCGGCCUUGAGGGUAAAAGAAAUAAUACCCACAAGGCUCCUCAAUCUGCCAAACUAAGCCAUGAUAAGAAGCAUGAGGUUUCUGCAACACACGAGCAUGCCAGUCCUCCUUCUGCAAAGGCCCAGGUUGUGGGGUGGCCUCCGAUUCGAUCCUAUCGGAGAAACACGAUGGCCUGUAGCUUGACAAAGAACAACGACGAUGAAGAAGAGGGAAAACCAGAAGCAUGUGGUUGUCUCUAUGUAAAAGUUAGUAUGGAUGGUGCUCCAUAUCUCAGAAAGGUUGAUCUAAGCAUGUACACAGACUAUAUGCAACUUUCUUCAGCCCUUGAGCAAAUGUUCACCUGCUUCACUGUUGGUGAAUGCGCUUCUGGUGGGUUUCCUGGGAAAGAUGGUCUGAGUGAGAGCUCUUUGAGGGAUCUUCUUCAUGUGUCUGAAUAUGUUGUUACAUAUGAAGACAAGGAUGGAGAUUGGAUGCUUGUUGGUGAUGUCCCAUGGGAGAUGUUCACUGAAUCAUGUAGGAGACUGAGGAUCAUGAAAGGUUCUGAAGCAAUUGGGCUAGCUCCCAGGGCCGUGGAAAAAUGCAGGAGCCAGAACAACUGGAGAAGAAUCAAAUAGGCCAAAGUGGAGCAUUUUGAGUUUUAGGGUUCUUGUUGAUCCAAAUCAUAUGAUAUAAAAUUUCAUUGGUUUUUUGAAUUUUGGGAUGCAUCUAUAGAUUACACUGCAAUGCAAAGUUCUUCCAUAGAAACAUCCUAAUAUAUAUACGCAAUGUUUGUUUAUGUAUUUUAUUUUAUGUUGGUUGGAUUACAUGUUACUGUUAUAAAACAGUUA